UAUGCAGAUGCUUCGAGCGUGAGCUUGUCACACCGGCUUUCGCAGACAGGUCGAACUUGGAAAACAUAUAAGGCGCAGUAAUACGUCCGAAGAACUGACCCGAAGCCUCGUCAUGCUUCCUGCAAAAUGAACGAUUAUGAAGUCUUUCGUCAGCUUGCUACACAUCCUUUCACGUCCGCAACACUGGAGAUGUUGCAAUCCGCCUUGCGGGUCAUCCGCAGGCGCUACCCGGUCUCUUUCAACGGAGACACCGGGACAGAUAGUGCGGAGUUUCCACCACGGGAAGCCUUCGAGCAAACAAAGAUGCCGUUUCAUGUGACGAGCGGAUGGAUUGAAUACAUGAAGACUAUAGGUAACUCCAUCCAUAACACAGCACAAGAGGUGUCGCCAUCGUUGCGGCGUUUUGCCAGGGGCGACCACUCCGUGGAUCACGACGUAGUCACCGAUUAUACCGGCCUGCUGCAAUCAUCUUAUCCGUCGUCACACUACGCAGACCCUGUAAUUUUCACGUCGAAUGGCCUGGAAACAGCUGCUACGCUCUGCAGCACUUCCGGUACCAUGACGGUAAUUCCAUGCAACUACGAAGGGGCCUGGUGUGCGGCCGUCGCCUACGUAGAUUGCGUACAGCUGUACGGAGUGCAGGCUGAAAGCAGCUCUACAAUGGUAGAACGCUUACAGGAUCUGUUUCCUGGCCGCAAAGUCCGCUUACCCGAGCCUCUUGUUGCAACACGACUCGAAGAUACUGGAGUUUUGAUGCUGCUGAGCAUGCGAAUGCUCGUCGGCGGAGGUGUGCCGGCGCAGUGUGCCGACGUCGCGUUUUUACAGCGUUCGCGAGCACGAAUCUUCGUAGAGCUCUUGACCAAAAAGCUGGAUGCAGAGGAUCGCGAUGUCGCCAGCCGGAUCCAGGAAGCGCACGCGGAGGACUCUCUCUUUUUCGAUAAAGCUUUCGCACACGGAGAAGACCUCCGCGUGCGGACCGACGCGAUGAUCCCAGCAGAUAUAGGAGAUGGAGUCGACUUUACGCUUGGUGCCUCUCCCGACCCGGGAGCUUUCUCCUUAACGGGACUAGGCUCCGGCGUGACGACCAGUUUGUUGCCUCGGGCCCCGCAUCAUUCAUCGUCGUCCCCGCAGCCGGCCGGCCCUGCCUACGAGAAGUUCACCUCACUGCGCAGUGGGCGUACAUUCGGCGUAGGCACGUUCCAGAUGCCUCCGACCAUGUCUGGGGAAUGCAAAACCAUGCUCGCCAUGAUGAGCGAGGCCGUCGCCUUCUACCGAAGCUCUCGCCUGUCGGGGAACUCCGAACUUGCAGUGAUUUGGUCCGCGAUCAGGACCGGACAAAAGAGUGAGUUUUACCGCCGUUACGGUGGUGUGCUGUUCUACAGAGAGAUGCUGCGGCUCAAAAGCGAUCGGGAACUUGCCUUGCGCUUGAGGCUCAGCAUAGCUCCGAGUGAUAUAAAAGAGAUGAGACGCCUCCAGUCAAACUUUCGAAUCUGGCACGACAUUUGCCAGCUGCGCCAUGACUGGGGGCCGGGCCAGUAUGCGCUGCUUUGUGUGCUACCAGAAAGACCAAACGUAGAACGGAUGAGCGAGAGAGAGCAACAGGUGCAGCUACGGAGACUCCAAGAGCGGCUUGACGAUGAUCGCGACCCCCUUUCAAAACAAGUAGACACCGCCAAAAUCCUGUGCACUGCCCUAGUUCAGGGGCAAGUAGACUCCGACAAACGAUUAUUGAUCGACGAUUAUCACUUCAAGGCUUAUCAGGAUCUGUCGGAGCUGGAGUUUGCUGCUUACAUGAGCCUCGAUCCACGGCCAGUCAUUCCCAUUGAACGACAUAGAUCCUGAUGGCACAAACUGGGGGCUUUUCCGCGACGCGGGCAAAAGAUGGAAGCAAAGACAAUCAGGAGCAUAGUAACAAAGUAGCAAGCGAAAAUUCAUUCCCUUUACAACUCUCUGAUCUCUUUCUG